UUUUGAGACUUUCACAUACUGUAAGUUUGAAAUAGACUGGCAGCUGACUGUUUCUUUUUUUUUAGACUAUGACGGGCUGAGGAUUGCAGGUUUGGUCUUCACAGCCUUUCUCAUAGCAGGAGGGGUUGGAGUUCUAUGUUGGGGGCAGUGCAAACCAAAAAGAAAGGAUGAUGAAGAUGCAAGCAAAAUCUAAGGAUCAAGGAAAUGUUUGAAAGUUUUUAAACAAGAAGACAGAUGUUUUUUUCAUUUUCUUUUUCUAACUAGAAACUAUAGAUUGUUAACUAGCUCCACUUAUCAAUUGUACUCUAUUGUAUGUAGGUUCCCUACUGAAAAGACUAGCAUGAGCCAAGCUGGUUUGUUCUGGUUUAAUGCUGGUCUAGCUGGUGGACAAGCUUAGCCAUGCUUUUCACUAGCAAAACUAAACAGCUGAAGUUGGUUGACCAGCAUGUUCUUUCUGGUGAAGCUGGUUGCCCAAAGAAGUUUAGUGGGUUAAGCUGGUUGAAAAGCCUAAUGGAGACACCAGUAUGCAAAACACAACAUAUAAUGUUGACCAGCAAUGCUGGUCUUUUCAACAGGGUUUUCAGUUCUGUUUCAACAAUUGUGAACUAUUUCAUUUAUACAUUAAUUGUAUCACAGCCCCUACCAAAACUGAACUGCUGAAUUUCAUUCUAUAAAUUCGAAGUUCUCUAUUCAAGUGGAUAGAGUUGUGGUUCUGCGCUUUAAUAAAGGAUCUCAGUUAUGCUCCUGUAAUUUAACAUUUGGAGUCAUUUAUACUCCCCAGGUUAUUUUGAUGUAAACACUGGUGGCCCUUUUGAAAAAUGAACCUCUUAAAACACUUGCUUCAAAAGGUGGUCUUGAUAACUUUAAGCAUUCAUAGAAUCAUAUGCUGAAUUUCUUUAUUAAAGCAUAGGGAGGAAAGUAUUAUAACAUUUUUCCAGUAAUAGCUUUUCAUUUUUAUAUUUACGCUGAUCUGUUUCUCACUGCUGUACUAUACCUUAUAAGUCUUUUUGGAUAAAAGGGCCCACCCACUGGAAGACCAAAUUCAGAGUAAGCGUACACGACAAACAAAAAACUAUCAGAGUUCCUCUUCCAGAAAAAAAAGCUCCUUCAUUCAAAACUCAACCCACUUGGGACUGAGCAAACCUGUUGAGCGGAUAGUACAGGGUAUUACUUUCAGUCUCUAUAGAUCAGAUCUUUUGUCUACAUAUGUUAAGGGUUGUUCCUUUACAAACACAUUUUAAAACUCGACCAUUCAGUUUCUUUCUCAUUAAUAAAGAAUAAAACCACACUACUAUGAUGAAGACUUUGGCACUAGUUUUCUUUGCACUUUUGUCCCUUGUGUUGGCAGAAGGUCAGCAGACAAAAGAUGAUGACCCUUUCUCUUUCGAUUAUCACAGACUUCGGGUUGGGGGGCUGAUCCUGGCAGCAGUUCUGUGUCUGAUUGGCAUCACUAUUCUUCUAAGUGGCCACUGCAGAUGUAAAUUCAACCAGGACAAGAGGAGGAGAACAGGAAGUAAUGCUCAGCAGAUGCUCAACGACACAGGAAGGGCCAGUGAAUGCUAAAAACAUGUGACCUAACCUGAACCAAUCAGAGGACACCUUCCUUUAUCCCAUGGGCUGGUUUAUCAGAGGGACGAUUUCUCUUUAAAAUGAGUAACCUGAUAUGAAGGCUUUCUGUGUUUUCACUGCCUCUUCCAGAUCAUAGAGGAGACCAUGUACCUGUUUUAUGCCAGCGUCUUUUUUAUGUCAUUUUUUCUAAAUAAUUUUAUCUUUAUGUUAAAAAUCAACAUUUGUUUUUUUAUUCUGUCAGUAAUUGUAUUAAUUUGUCUUGUACAAAAUCACUGUACGAUUUACAUAUUUCAAUUUCCUAACAAAAUUCCAUGAAAUUUAACUGGUAAAAUAAAAAAAAUAAAAAAAAAAAAAAAAAAUAUUUAAAGUUUUAUCAAUUCAAUGUAGAGAAUUCAGAAUUCAAUUUGAUGGAAUUUUGUCAUGAAAUUUGUCAAAAAAAAAAAUUUCUUUUGAGAAAGUGUGGGCAAUGGCAUUAUCUUAAUUGAGUCACAUAUGGAAACCUAUAACCAAAUAUUACUGUAAGCUGUAGUGAAGUAGCUGUCCAGGCUUUGUAGCCAAAUAAUUUGUCAUUUUAAAAGAUUUUAAAAAAAUCAUGCUAUCAAAAAACAAAACAACAACAAGUCAUAUUUACAUCUCCAUGUUCUGAAGAUAAGGGCUGCAUCUGAAAGCUGGAAAAUGCAGCCUUUGGAGGCUGUAUACAGAGGUAGGAUGAAAAUAAGGUGCCUGUAAAACUGUUCUGAGGCCAGUUUCCUUAAGAUGUCCAUUCAUACAAAACAUUCUUAGUUAAGCCAUUACCUGAUUUUUUCGGAUGCUGUCAUCGUCAUGUGCUUGAUUUAUUUUCAUUUCAACCUAUUCAUCAUAAACAUUAGAGAUGUAUUAAGAGUUUUUUUUACCUGUUGUGUGAAAAUGUUCAGUAUCAAUCACAGAUAAACACUAAAUGAACUAACAGCUAAACUUAACAGCUGUACCUAACAAUACUGUCUGUUCUUCUAUGUCCAUCUGACUGACAUCAUUUCCUAACCAAGUGCGACGCAAUACUUUUCCAUUGGUAAAUAAUUUGUUUUUCCAUUAUUUAAAACAGGUAAGUAAUCAUUUGAAUAAGGUAGGUGAACACAGACUACUGGUGAGGAACUACAAUUGAACAGCAAAAUAUUUGUUCAACAGCGCCCUCUGCUAAUUAACAUUUGUAAUGUCUGGCAAUUGUUCUUAACAUCCUCUUGUAUAUUUAUUGUAUAUUGCAUAUUCAUACAUUUAGUUAAGUAAAAUACUUAAAGGAAUAGUUCACCUAAAAAUGAAAAUUCUCUCAUCAUUGAUUUACUCACCCUUAUGCCAUGCCAGAUGCGUAAGACUUUCUUUCUUAUGCAGAACACAAUCAACGAUUUUUAGAAGAAUAUCUCAGCUCUGUAGGUCCAGACAAUGCAAGUGAAUAGUUUUGAAACUAUUUUUAAGCUCCAAAAAUCACAUAAAGGCAGCAUAAAAGUAAUCCGUAAGGCUCCAGUGGUUUAAUCCAUGUCUUUUGAAGCGAUCCAAUCAGUUUUGGGUGAGAACAGACCAAAAUAUUUAUAAAAUAAAAUAAAAUAUUACUCCUUUUCCACUAUAAAUACUGACAUCAGCAGUCUCCUUGGCGAUCAUGAAUUCAAGCUCAGUUACAUUUCCUAGCACCAUCUAGAGCUCUGCACAUGCAUCAAGCACAAGAAAGUGUAAUCAAGCGUGAAAUCAUGAUUGUAUUUAGAGACUGCAAUGGCAAGAUGGACAGUAAAAAAAGGAGUUACAUUUUAGUAUGUUCUCACCCAAAAUCGAUUAGAUCACUUCAGAAGACAUUUAUGAAACCACUGGAGUCAUAAUGAUUACUUUUAUGCUGCAUGUAAGUGCUUUUUGAGGUUCAAAGUUUUGGACCCUGUUGUCUUGCAUUGUGUGGAGCUACAGAGUUGAGAUAUUCUUCUAAAAACCUUAAUUUGUGUUCUGCAGAAGAAAGAAAGUCAUACACAUCCAGGAUGGCAUGAAGGUUAGUAAAUGAUGAGAGAAUUUUCAUUUUUUGGUGAACUAGUUUUACAAAAACCCAGCUCCACAAAAAAACCUCGAGUUCUGGCAAACUAUCCACAAAAUUUCGCAAAUUUAGCACUCAUUAUUUUCACAGGCAAAUGAGCUUGUGAUUUGCUGCAAAUGUUUGCCAGAAGUUUGCAGGUCUUCAGUGGUAGUGGUGAACCUGCAGCAAACCUUUAGCAACAAUGGACAUUUUGCUGCAAAGCUCAUUUGCAUGUGAAAAUAAUUAGUGGUGAACUUGUGGCAAGUUUGCCGUAAAUUUGCCAUGAACUCUCUAUUUUUGUAAGGGCCAGUUUAUGCUCGUUGGUUGCCAGUGCCACCACCUUGGAAAUGACGUAAAAUUACGCUUCUCACUAAGAUGUCUGACUUCGAGUGCUGUUCCAGUCAUUAUUUUCAAAUAGGAGUUGGGAAAAUUCAAAGUUGCCUGAAACACCCCAUUAGAGUUUUCACAUUGGCAUCAGAAGCAACGUGGCAGAAUGUAGCAGGAGCAUCACAUGAGCAGCAGUGUGGCAAGAGUUUCGGCUUUCGAUUCUAUUUCUGCUGCACUGUUCAUGCUGAAUUAAAGUGGCAUGUUGAUAAACAUGAUGAACAUGUAUCGACAAAAAAAAAAAAAAAAAAAGAACAAUUGUACACAGUCUAGUGUGUUUUUAAAUGAAUCAGAGCAUGUGGGAGUAUAAAAAAAUGACAACAUUACUGUCGGAUGUAAAAUGAAAUAAAAUGAUUUAUUUUAAAUGAUAUAA